GGCUGAAAUGGCACUGUCCGCUGCCUUGCUGUGUUCACAGGAUGGAUGUCUGCAGGGGUCCUUACAGCCAUAUAAUCUCUCUUCUUCUCCUCCUCCUGUUCCCUUCAGAGGCAGCCUGCCGCCCCUCGGGGAGAAGACCCUGCAAGAUGCAAGCCUUCAGAAUUUGGGAUGUUAACCAGAAGACCUUCUACAUGAGGAAUAACCAACUAGUUGCUGGGUACUUGCAAGGGCUAAAUACUAAAUUAGAAGAAAAGAUAGAUGUGGUGCCCAUCGACGCCCAUGCAGUGUUCUUGGGGCUCCACGGGGGCAAGCUGUGCCUGUCCUGUGUCCAGGCUGGUGACAACACCAGGCUCCAGUUGGAGGCAGUUAACAUCACUGACCUGAGCAAGAACAGGGAGCAGGACAGACGCUUCACCUUCAUCCGUUCAGACAGUGGCCCUACGACCACCUUCGAGUCCGCUGCCUACCCAGGCUGGUUCCUCUGCACAGCCCUGGAGGCCGACCAGCCCGUCGGCCUCACCAACACACCGGAAGAGGCCGUCAUGGUCACCAAGUUCUACUUCCAGGAGGACCAGUAGC